AUGGAACCGUCGCAAGUUCAAAUACCAAUACCGGCGACGGCGCCGGCCGAGACAGCCACGCCUGCCGCCGGUCCAUCGGACGUCGCGCGUGGCACCACUGCCUCAACCACCUCGACUCCCGCUGCCGCUCCAUCACAGACUGAGCCGCCAUCCUCUCCGCCUUCGACCAUCGCCGCCGCCGCCGAAUCGCAGCACCUCAUCGUCCUUUGCGGUCUGAUCGGCUCUGGCAAGUCGACGUUUGCGCUGUCGCUCCAAUCGCUGCUGCCCAACUGGGUGCGCUGCAAUCAAGACGUGCUGGGCAGCCGCGAGGCCGUCGCCGUGCUGGCGUGGCGCUCGCUGGCAAACGGGCAGAACGUCAUCAUCGACCGCACCAACGUCGACGUUCGCCAGCGGCGCACCUGGCUCCAGCUCGGCCGCGACAUUCUCGGCUCGCUGCCGCCCGGCCGGCAGCUGAUCGUCUCUUCGGUCACGUUUACCACGCCGUUUGACGAGUGCGAGCGCAGGCUGAGGGCGAGGACGGACCACGAGACGCUGCACGACCCUCAGCAGGCCGUCGAGGUGCUCCACCGCUUCUGCAGCACCUACACUGCGCCGCGCAUCCACGAGGGCUUCCACUGCUGCAUCGAGGUGGCGCCGCACGACCUGGACCUGCAACCGACGCGCGAGCAGGUCGAGGGCGUGGUGCGUCGGAUCGAGGCGUGCGAAAAGGCGAGCGGCGCGCUGCCGGACGACGUGCGCGGGUACGGGUGGGGUGAUGCGUCUUCGGGUCGGGGCAGAGGUACGGGCAGGGGCAGGGGUGGAUUCAGAGGCAGCCGGAGUAGCGUGGGUCAGAGCGCCCUCUACGCUCCCCACGGCCAGGCGACGACGACGAACGGCGGCGGGGCCGAAGGAAGGGAUGCGGUGCCAACCGCGUUUCGGGGCGGGCCGGCGUGGGGAGCGAGGGGCGGACCCAGGCCGAGACCGCCAAGGCAGAUGCAGCCGGACGACUAUGACCGCACGUCGGGUGUGCCGCCAUGGCGCCAGGAGCAGCCGUCAAGGUGGCUAUCGCCUCGGCCGGUCGAGGGUGUGCAGCAGCCGCUGCAGCAACAGGCAGGAGGCGCCGCGAUGCAAGGGUUUUCAGCGGCGAAGCUGGAAGCGCAAUGA